AUGUGUUUGACAGGGCGCUGGGUGGUGCCGUGCGACGCCUGCGAGUCGCGCGCCUCUUGCGUAUGGAGCGAGGCGCGCUGGCUGCCCUACGGCUGCGUGCACCGCGGACUCACGCUGCCGCAGCUCCGGCGCUGCCUCCACAACAAGAAGCUGCUAUUCGUGGGAGACUCGACGAACCGCGGGAUGCUGCACUACGUGCUGGAGCGGCUCAACGCCAGCCUCCUAGACGGCGACAAGACGCACGAGAUGCGCGUCUACCACGCAGGCGCCACCACGCUGGCCUUCGCCUACUACCCGCAGUUCUGGCUCGCGCCACCUCAGCGACCAGUCUUCGACAGGACGCUGUACAGCCUCAUCAACAGGUCUCGUCCGCUAGAGAACGACAGCUCUACGGUGCUGGUUGUGGGUGGCGUCCACUGGCUGGCCACGCACCAUCUGCACGUGCUGCUUCGAGUCUUACGCAGGGAGGGACUGCAGUCAGCACGCAUCGUCGUCAAGACGCUCGGUUCAGGCUUUCACAUCCCGUCCGAGGGCGUACACUACCUGCCUAAGGAACAGCAGCAGAAGCUGCUGAAGCACUCACAGGGACUGGCGGCGUUCGCGCGCCAGCACCAAAUGGAGGUGGUCGACACGUUCAACAUGACGGCGGCGCGCUACAACGACUUCCUGCAGGGCAAAUGCGCCUGCCACUUCCAUAAGGUGGAGCCGGCAGGUGGUGGCGGAUACCACGUGACGGGGCACAUCAACGCACUCUACUCCGAGAUCCUCCUGAGUCGCAUCUGCCGUCAUGCCCCCUGACACUACACCCCGCUGUCCGCGAUACUUCACUACACCGCUGUCGCACUGCUUUCACAUCUUCCCAACGCUUCAGACGUCGCUAUGUACAUGCACAUUGAUCUGUGUCUACACCCAAGAAACUCUACGACCUCGAUUCGUCUGUACAAGUUUUCGUUUGUAAAGGUGAAGGAAGUGUCCAUUGUAAAUAGCUUUCUCGUGUAACGUUGAAAAUUACGUGCGGGCUAAAAUGACUCUUGCUCAGUCUAUUCCUGUAGCUACCGUAACAGGGAUAUUAAGAUACUUAUCGAAAGUUUCCAGUGAAGUUCUAAGUCAAAUUCCGCAUUCAAAUGAGAUAAUAUCUGUCAUAAUCUCAGUCUAUGCCAAAUAAUAUCUUACAGGAAACUGUCAAAUUUUGCGGUUACUCUCACACGAUAAAAAAUAUCUCCUGCUUAUUAGCCGAAUAAUUUUAAGCGCGUUUUCCUGGUGUCCUGAUUUCAGUUUUCUCCGACUUCUCUAGGGCAAAGUACGUAUUCAUCAAACUGUGGAGGGUUCAAAUAACUGGUACAGUGAAAAACGUAACACAUAAACUUGAAAAACUUUAUAAUGACAAAUAAUACGUAAUUGCAGGAAUGGUUUAGUUUCAUAGCUAACACCGUUAGCAAAUAACACUUUCUAGAAUUUCAGACGUCAGUAUUUUUGAAUGUCUGUUCAUAUAUUCUAUUCCAG